CUUGGCAGCACCAUCACCAAAUGUCAAACAUAUGGAUUAUUUAUGGUGGAAGCAUCUGCUGUGAGGUGAAAAUUCGUCGUUUUUAUUUUAAUGAAUUUUGAUAUUAUUUUUUGAGUUAUAAACAUGAUGGAAGGUUCUUUGAGUAAAUGGACAAAUGUGAUGAAGGGUUGGCAAUAUCGGUGGUUCGUGCUGGACGAGAAUGCUGGCUUACUCUCCUACUACACGUCAAAAGAGAAAAUGACGCGUGGCGUGCGACGGGGCUGCGUGCGACUGCGCGCCGCGGUGAUCGGCAUCGACGAUGAGGACGACUCUACGUUCACCAUCACCGUCGACCACAAGACCUUCCACUUUCAGGCAAGGGACGGUUCAGAGCGGGAACGUUGGGUUCGUUCGCUCGAAGACACGAUAGCGCGGCACGGGCGACGCGAGCGCUGGUCGCGCUCAAUGCCAGCGCCGCGGCACCGCCACGGAGACCUGGAGCGGAGGAUAUCUGAGGCGGACGCUUAUCUUCAGAUCAUGAUCGAACUCGUUUCGAAAAUGAGCACACGAGUGUCUGAGCUAGCAGAUCCACAAGAGAAAAGUAGAGGGCAAGUCAUACUAGACCAUUCCAAUGCAAUGUUGGAUAACAUUAAACAUUCCAUAGUGCUUCUUCAAAUAGCUAAGAAUACUGUAAAUCCUGUGAACGGUAUAUACCAAGGACCAACGAAUCUUCCACAAACACAUAUCAAACAAGAUGGAGAGACAGCGACGAGAGUGGAGCUGGGAGCUGAGUGUAGAGAACUGCCAUCACCCACACACCCCCUUCCGCCGUUGGGAGACAUAGAAGCGUCACGGCAACCGAUGUCACUCCUAGUUCCAGACACGUCGUAUUCGUCGUCCGAGGGCGAAGACGACUUCUACGACGCCGACGACGGACCGGCGGACGUGCCGACACCCGGGCCCAGCGCGAGCCGCACGUGUCCGACGGAAGGCGCGGCCGAGCAGGAGUCGGCGCAGCCCACCGUCGACUUGCCGCGCACGCGCGACGGAGAGAUUGACUAUGACGCCCUUUACGAAGAUGAGUCGGACAGUGACCUCGGCUCGAUGGAGAACCACGGAUCAGUGGUCACCCACCUCCUGUCGCAGGUCAAGAUUGGAAUGGAUCUCACCAAGGUUGUGCUGCCCACAUUUAUUCUAGAAAGGCGAUCGCUACUAGAAAUGUAUGCGGACUCUUUCGCGCAUCCAGAACAGUUUGUUAAAAUAGUUGAUCAGCCAACGGCCCGGGACCGCAUGGUACAAGUCGUACGAUGGUACCUCAGUUCGUUUCACGCGGGUCGCAAGUCACAGGUGGCGAAGAAACCUUACAACCCCAUACUGGGUGAAGUGUUCCGAUGCCACUGGGACCUGGAUGCACCAGAAGGACAGACCAACGCCUCCACUAGUGAAAAGGAGGUAGGCGACGGCCCAGUACCCUGGUGUACGGCAGAACAACUCUCCUUUGUAGCGGAACAAGUGUCCCACCACCCACCAAUAUCUGCGUUCUACGCGGAACACGUGAACAGACGGAUACAGUUCUUGGCGUGGGUGUGGACGAAAAGCAAGUUCCUCGGCCUGUCCAUAGGCGUGCAUAAUAUAGGGAAGGGCGUCGUCACCCUCCUGGAUUUGGGGGAAGAAUAUACCCUGACCUUCCCCAAUGGAUACGGCAGAUCGAUAUUAACAGUGCCAUGGAUUGAACUGGGCGGGUCCGUAGUGAUCGAGUGUGUACAGACCGGCCACAAGGCCAACAUAGAAUUCUUGACAAAACCUUUCUACGGCGGCAAAAAGCACAGAGUCACUUGCGAAAUAUUCGCGGGUGCGGACAAGAAGCCUUAUUACACGGCACAGGGGGAAUGGAACACUCGCAUGGACGGACGAUGGACUGAAACGGGGCGCACCGAAGUCCUAUUCGAAGUGAGCAGCAUGAAGCCGCGUCGGAAACGCGUCGCGCCCGUCUCUCGGCAACAGCCGCACGAGUCGCGCCGCGUGUGGCGACAUGUCACCUGUGCCCUGAGGGCCGCCGACACCGACGCCGCCACCGCUGCCAAGAGGUCCGUCGAGCAGGCCCAGCGCGACGCCGUGGGGCGGCGCGACACCGCCGGCGACAAGUGGGCCACGCAGCUCUUCAGUCCCAAAGGCGAAGACGGCUGGGAAUACAACACGCCGCUCAAGAAAAGACUCGAACCCAAAACCACACCGCAGCACAAAGCGGAAGAGAGUACGGACGCGAGAUAAUGCACCGGACCGCGUGCAUGGACUCUAAGUUAACGCCCUAAGGUAGAAUAUCCCACGGCAAGCUGACCUUGUAGGACAAUAGAUAGGAGGUCAUCCAUUAAUCACGUUAUGCUUUUUAGCAACUUUCAACCCCUACUCCUUUUGAUGUGUGGUGAGGUUCUAGUCUAACCCUCUCCCUUACCCAAAAUUACAAUAAUAUACAGGCAGUCCUCGUACUUACGGCACGUUGGGUUCUCGAAAUACGCGACGUAAAUCGGAACGACGUAAGUCGAGACAUCCCCACGGACAUUGAGCUCGCGACAAGUGAAUUUUCCUAUGCCGGAAAUCGAAAC